AUGGUCUUUGGAGUCUACACGGGGCCACAGGAGCCUGAAAAGCCACUCGCGAUGCUCUCGCAAGAAGAGCAGGCUGAGGUGGGUGCCAAAAAAAUGAUCGAGCUCAUGCAAUCAUGUCCUGGAAAAACCGUGAUGGCUGGUGGAUCUGGUUUCUUUCUUGGUGGUUUCUUUGGUUUAUUCAUGGCAUCGAUGGCAUACGAUGUUCCUGUGGGAACAUCCACUGUCAAUCAUAUCAGCGAGUUGCCAUUUAAGCAACAGAUGAAACUUCAGUUUUCCGAUAUGGCCAAGCGGUCUUGGACCAGUGCAAAAAACUUUGGCUACAUUGGUAUGAUAUACUCUGGUGUUGAAUGCUCCAUCGAGAGCUUACGUGCAAAGCACGAUAUUUAUAACGGCGUUAGUGCUGGAUGUAUCACUGGUGCUGGUCUCUCGAUCAAAGCGGGGCCUCAAGCAGCUCUCUUGGGUUGUGCCGGUUUCGCCGCUUUCUCGACCGCCAUCGAUCUUUACUUGAGAUCAGAAAGUGCUGCUCCGCCAGCUAAUGACUACGAUGAGUAA